AUGAAAUCCAAAGACAUGCUGUAUGCGGCGACAGCUAUUAAAAAGUCCACGUGGCUAAUCACCGAUCCGCAGUACGCAAACAUCAUCAACCCUGAGUACCUACACACACAACUAAAACCUUACAUGACCACCAAAGCAUUUAACAAACUCUUGCUUCACAUCAGACUCAAUCUGAAAGAUGAAACUCGAGUUGAAGCCUUUUAUGAACACUUUAAAAAAGCAAGAAACGCCGACAAAUGGCUUCAGAACUGUUCCAUACCUUUCAUUGAAAAUACAAUAAAAAACGAACGCCUCAUACCAGUGUGGCUUUUCAAGCGGUUAUGCAAGAAAUCCGCGCGAUUUCUCUCUUUAUAUGCACACGUAGAACCGCAUGAAGGUGAUGCAGAACAAGCAAGUCAAUAUUAUACAUAUAUUGCAUUUAUGCUAAAGUCUCAUACUGAUGACGGGUUAAAAAUGUUAGAAGACCAGAGGCAUGAAAAGUUACCCAAGUUGGGAAAAAAUAAAACUGAAAUUCUAAUGAAAAAAUAUCGUCAAAACGUUUUAGGAAAUUUUGACAGGUACAUUGGAUCUCUUGACUUAUCCGUUUUCAUCAAAUAUUUACAGAAAAAUGAAAUAAAGACAUAUCUUCAGAAAGCAAUGAAACAUCUGAGUAAGGAAGAUAUUUGCAAGCUUGACACAUGGAAGCAUUUUCUGAACAACAUGCCACAAGAAAAUAAAUUUAAAUUCAUUAAAAAUACUUUAAUAGAUCAAAAUGAAAUAAACUUGUUACUUAAUGGCGAACAGCAAUAUGAGGUUAACAAAAAGAUACAAAAACAUCAAUGGUACGAAUUCACCACCUUUGAGGAAGCGUUUUCUGAUUUUAAAAACAAAAUGUCCCAACAAAGCAAGCCGUCUGAACGUUGGGGUUUGUUAUCGACUUUGAUUUUAUGUGCUAAAAACGAUAUAGAAAGUAUUAAGUUAUUGGUUAAAUAUGUCGCUGAAAACCACAUUAAUGAACCUUUUAAAUUCAAAAAAGAAUUUGUUAAUACUCUGAUAUCAAAUGUGCCCAUUCAUGACUUCGACGUUGAAACCUGGAAUUAUUUGAAUCAAUUGUUUCAUAGUAUGGAAGUGUACGUCGAAUCGGAUAAUAACGUACAACAGUGUCUUGAAGCUAUAAUCCUAUACAAUGUAUUACAUGAUAUACCCGUACCGGAAAUAGUAGAACAAAAACAAUCAUUUAAUACUUUCCGAAACAUAAGAAACGCGUUAAACGAUGAAGAACAAAAACAAAUUGUUCACUUAUAUCCUAAAUUCGACAUGGUCUAAAAUUAAAACUGAUAAUAUAGUAAAUGAGUCCAUGUUAGACGUAGCUUUGCAUGAACUGUACUGGUGUGUGUUUAUGUUGUUGAAAGAUUGGAAUAAACAAUUAUCUGAUUACCCAUUCAUUUACGAAACAAUCCAAAAACUAAUUAAAAUAAAAGAAGAGAACGAGUGGACCACAGACAUGUCAUGCUUAUACAAUUUGAACAAAUCAUGGCGAAAGUACAUGUUUGAGGAGUCGCUGUCGCUCUCUCUGUGCGAGGAAACGUGCCUGAACGCUCUGAAGCACAAGCCACAGCUGCUGACGCGUCACGACAAACAAAUACACACGUUGCGAACUAACGACGCGGUCUCACUGCGGCGUGUGCUCGCGAAGCUGCGCGUCUACUGGCCGGACUCACUCACCCGACACUGGACAGAGGCUUACAUGCUAAGCCUAAAAGAGCCUACUGGUCAAAAAGCAGUAAUUAACGGUAUUUUCCUGCUAACCCCUAUCGGUCAAGUCGUACAACUAGCAAAGAAAUAUGUUCCAUCUGAAACUAAAAUAAAUUGGAGUGACUUUAAUCAAGGCGACAUUAGCAUACAGAAAAAUAUUGCUAAACAUCUUCACGUAGCUAGGCCACUUGUUCCUUUAGAUACGGUGUUAUGGUAUGCCAAAGGUGAUUACUUACAGUAUGCAGUACCGUCACUGAGUGCUAUCUUGUCCAAUAUCAGUCUAGUUGAGAGUCGUGAAUAUUUACCUAAACUGUUGGAUGCUCCAGUAUCAUUACAAAAAUUUGGAAUACGUCAAGCAUUUUUAAAAUUUGAGAUUAAUGAUUUGAUAACCAUACUUUCGAAAAUCUGGAACACUACAAAGAAUCCUUCUAUUAAAUCUAUUAUUUUCCUCUGCACAUAUAAUAAAAUUUGUAAGAUUAAGAAUGAGUUCAAAGAAAAAUGUCUUUGGAAAUUAUUAAGUUCAUUUUUAGACGACACGAGGUUUAAAAAGGGUGUAGGCAUUUAUAAAAAAUUAAUUGACGUCAACAUUAUUCCCAUCAGCGUACAGGGAGAGUUUUUCAUGAAAAGUUACAAUAUUUUAUCUUCCUCGCCCAACUCAUACGAUAAGGAUUCGCAUUUAGACAAACUACUAAAAUAUACGCCUAAGAUAAUGGAAAGACUUGACGAAGAUUUUGUCGCAAAUAAACUACUAUCACCAGCAGGCACUAAACUCUGUUCGUAUAACAGUCAGUAUAUAGACUCAUUUGCAUGUUACGUUUUAUGUGGUAAGAGUCAAGAAGAUCAACUUGUGAGAUUUAACAAGGUUUUACGUCCAGCAAUGGAAGAAGCUUUUCAAUGUUGGAACCAUACUGAUUCAGGGUCUUUGUAUGUAAAGCGUCAGUUUAAGAAUCUAUUGAAUACUUUAAGCUGGUAUUUUAUAGUAUAUUUUAGUUUGAAUAAGAUACCUAUACCUACAAAACUAUUUGCAGAAAUUUUAAUAACUAUGCAGAAAGGCUUGCCUAUAAUUAAAAACUACGUUCUAAUCACGAGCUGGAAAUUUGUCAAUGAAUAUAUACAUUUAAUGGAUGAACACGAAACUAUAUUAAAUGCACUUCAAUUGAAAAAUGUAACAAUUUCAGAUUUCUCGGAAUAUUCAGAAUGGAUAUACAUGCCUGAUGAACCGGAAAAUAUUUGGCAAGACAAUCAUAACAAAUUAUCACCAUUCCUAGGUCCAAAGAUAGUAUCGUUACUGAAAGAAGAUAGCGAGCUAUAUGGUCCUACGAUAUACAAUCUAUUCAGGAGUGCUUUCGAAAAUAUGUUUAAAAUGUUUGCAUUUAUAAAUAAUGUGUAUACUUUGAACACUCUGAAGUACAUGUUGGUUGAUGAAAACUUUAUUACUAGCUAUUUACUCGUGGCUCUAUGCUUUCCUAAAUAUUGCAAGUCUGAAUGGUUAGAAUUACGUGUAAAACUUAAAUCGAAUCCAUCUAAAAUUGCAAAGUUACAUUAUUAUGACUAA